CCGACAUGUUUUUGUGUGUUAAUACCUGUCUCAAGAGUUAAGACGGAAAGCUUUCAUUAAAUCUUCCCUCCGGCACAAACGUGACCAUAUUCAGACAGGUUGACAUUUAUACGUUUAUGCACUUUAUCCGCCUGCUUCACCCCGAACCGCUGCUAGCACGCACACACUUGAGUUGAUGACGUCAGUCGCUCGUGGUCUGGUUUAUGGAAACAUCAUAAGCAAACACGCCCGACAUGAACUAUGUUUCGUGUCUGUUUUAAUCGUUAUGUCCCGUAGAGGCACGAAACACUUGGGGGGGGGGGGGAGUUAUUCAGAAUAGUAAAUAAACACGAUGAGCGAAAUAACCCUGCGUAACCAUGGCAACUGUGUUUGUUGCCAUUAGAGUGCAAAGACACGACCUGUAGGGCUUUUUAGCUGUUAUUUUAGCUAACAGAUAGUCGGAAAAAACACGUUAAUUUAAUUGAAAACGACUUUGUAAAAGCUUGUAGCUGUUACAUAAUGGACUCAAAUUCGUUGUAUUAUUCUUUGGAGCUCGUUGCCGGUAUUGGACAUAUUUUAACCCUCGAGCAAAGAACCGCCCUGGAGUCUUCCUUAGUGCUCCUGAAGAAAAACUACAAGUUCAGUCGAGUGUUGUUUUGGGGUAAAAUAUUAGGAAUUAAUGGGGUUUAUUUUAUUGCUCAGGGGAGAGGAGAAGAUGAGAUGAAAGACAAAAAGAACCUGUAUAGCUUGAACUGCAUGGACUGGUUCCUACUUCCCCCUGCCUCAGACUCUAUGAUAGAGGAAGUGUCCAAAGCUACAAAGGGUCGCUUCAUGGGAGACCCGUCAUUUGUGUAUGAACAUCAAGAGAUCCACAGGCAAGGAAAGGGAAAUGAGCCUGUAAAUGAGAAGGCAGUGAUAACAGUAACUGAGGAAAAAAGACUGGCAGUGUCCGUUCAUCAGAUCGAUGCAGAAGUGUCUGUGGUGCCUCGUGGUGCCUUCAUCAAGAGUCCACGUGGUCUUGUCCAGCUCAACCGCAGCUUCUGUGGUCUGUCUGAGGCAGAAGCAAGGAAGCUUGACAAUUUCCUUCACUUCAGACAAUCAAAAAAUAUGAAGAAGAAAUCUGCCCUGGACAUGGGUGAUUGGAACCCAGCAAUGGACUAUCUGGAUGCACUCAGUGAUGACAUUCCGAAAGGAUCUUGGAGUCUUCAGUUUGAGUUCGCAAGAAAAGUGUGCGUGCUUCGCAGUCUGCUGUGGUUCGGCCUGACCUUCUACCACGUGCCAAUGACACCACAGCAUGGAUACAUCUAUAUAGGUGACGGGACCAAGAAUUUGGACCUUCCUUUCAUGCUAUAAAAGCUUUUUUUCAAGCUGCAUACUCAGUAAUUCACAAAACCAAAAUCUGCUUGUUGUAUUAUAAAACAAAUAAAACUAGGUUGGUACAGUCAGUUUAGUGUCUACAGACUUUUUGUUGUAUUUACUUCCAAUUCACAAAGGCCGUGCCUACACAGUAAACACAUGUUGAGAGGCAGAGUAAACACACAUAUUUUAUUUGCACAUCUGUGUUGCAUUGAGUAUACACAGUCACCAUACCACCUACUUUGAAACUGUAACACUGAUCAGGUUGUUGCUUGCAUUAAGUUGUCAGCAGGUUUCCUUCAAGAGUUUUUUUUUUUUUUUUU